AUGAUGGACAGGAACUACCCGACCUCCAGCUUUGCGGACGCGCUGGCUCCACCAGCACAGACCGUAGCUUCUUGGGCCUAUGACCGCAGCACAGCUAGUGUCAAGCCAAGUUCCAGUUAUGGUGCAGCACACCUUGAUGCAGAGCUCCUCCAGCGGCAAGGCUACACAUCCACCCACCAGCUCCCCACCUACACUACAUCACACCUUCCUGCUGCAGCAGCACUUGACUCAAGCAGUAAUACUUCUGAGAACUCAAUCAUGAGCUUCCUGUCAGCCAUGGAGUCUAGAAGCCUUCAGGCUGGUCCUGUUAGUGCCUCACUGCUUCCUCCUUUCAGACCCCCAUCAUGGCCUGCUGGUACCAAUUCAUCCACCACUGAACUGUAUUUGACCGGUGCCCUACCUUCAACUGCCACUUUCCCCUCUCCUGCUGCUUUGUCGUCCUAUCAGCACGCUGGUGCCUACCCUUCCAGGAGUUACGCUACCAACCCUUCCUUGGCUCUCCAGGAUCCUGCCUUCAGCACUUCCACCAACGGCCUCUUUUCUCACCAUGACCCCCUUCUCCAUUUAAAACCAGGCCAGACAGUGCUCCCCACUGCACUGGCUUUCAACCAUCUCUCUGCCCCCUCUUUGGGCUCGACUUUGCCUGUCCAGUCCUCCACGUACCGCUCAGCCCAGGAGUCAGCCCCACACCUUCUGCAACCCCAGUUCAGCUUGCUGCCUUCUACCCUGCCAACCCCUCAUGGUGCACCUCAACCCUAUGGGGCCACGGUUUUCUCGGGCUCAAUUGAAAGAGCUCUUCAGCGUGAAUGUAGUGUGAUCAAACACCACCAGAGGCCUUCCAGCAGCCAUGUGGCCUCCGAGCAAUUGCCUAAUUCAGAGCACUCCUUACAGGGGUACUUUGGCUCUGGCAGUGAAGUGGAUGUGUCCUACCAGCAGGACCCAUCCCGUCAGACUCCAGUGUCCUGCAGCCCUUCCACAGGAGUAGAUUCCUCUCAAGGGGUCAAUCGUGCUCCACAACCCAAAACUGACUCUGUAACUCAAGCUUAUUCGUCCAGUACUUUGCAGAAGUCUAAAGACUGCCCUUCCAAACUAGCUGAAGAGCGUCACGAGCACUCUCAGAACCAUACAAGAAGCUCUCCUGAGCAUUAUUCCCCCCCUGGACAGAAGCAGAACUCAGUGAUUGCUAAUCAGCAGUCAGCCCAGCUAUCAAACCUGAUGUCGAGUAGUCUGUCUCAACCCUACAUCACCCCCCACACCCAGUCACAACCCACUCAUUCCACCUCAGACAAACUCUCACCCCUUUACAAGACUUUGCCUUCCCUCUCCAGCCAGUCUGACAAUGUGGCAUCUGUAAGUCAGGCUCUUGUUUACUCUUCCAGUCCUGGGCUAAGCCAGGAGCAGGACAUCCAGUAUGGAGCCCAGGUCCAGGGCUUGUGUCAGGGGAAUCUCUCUGAGAGCUACCCCACAUCCCACACUCAGGGUGCCUCAGAUGUGACUUUUACAUCUCAGUCACAGGGGCAGGCUUUGGUGACUCGGUCUCAGAGCUAUGCCACAGGACAAUCUCUUAACCAGUCCCUUAACUCAUCUUACUCACCCACAUGUGUGCGGAGUCUGUCCUCAUCAAAUUCUACACAGGACUACUCUUUGAUGCAGGCCUCACUGGGAGCUAAAACACAUGACACACUGUCCCAGCAGCAGACACAGCCCCAUAAAUAUGUUUUGUCUGCACCUUUGCCAACCUACUCUUCAACUGCUCAAGCCUUACAGAAUAACAUCAGAUCCUCAGUACAGGACAUAAAGCCAACAUAUGGCAAACAGAAACUUGAAGAGCUUCCUAUCCAGGACAUUGAUGCUCUUCAGCAGGCAUCUAUGGAGGCUUCUGCUGCAGCUAACAGCAUGUCCGCUCACAACAAUGUCAUCUAUGUUGUUUCAAAAAUGGACGAUCAUAACAAAACACAAAGCGUCAUUCGAAGCAAUUCACGUUCUGAUGACCACCUCAUGGGACUGGGUCAUGCAAACGCAACACAGGGAAAGGCCGAAAGGAUGGGUGCUCUGAGUCAACAGCACAUUCAUCUAAGUGGUACCAAUGGUCAGGAAACUGUCAACAUGAAAACCCAAAACUCCAGUAUUAUAUCUUCACACGGACCCCUCAGCUCAGAACAGCUCAAGCAACACGCUCUCCAACUCAAAUCUCCUGAGCCACAUCAACAAAACCACCAGAAUCAUAGUCAGUCCCAGAGCCAGACCCCGUCAGCCCACCCCCAAUUUAUCACCGUCCCUAGCACUCAGGUUCUUCUUGAUCAUAACCAGAUGAUUCUGCUCCAGCAGCCCCUUGUCCACCAUGGUCAAAACGCAUCAAAGGUGGUAUCGGUACAAGGUAUCCAGCCAGUUCAAGAUCUGGGCCCUGUUCAUGUGCAGUAUCUUCACAUGAAUCGAGAACUGCUGGGUCCCAGUGUCACAGAAAACCAGAGUCAGCAGGGCACAGUAGUGUCUGAACAGAGCUCAGGGUGCUCUGAUUCUUCUAAACACCACUACAGCCCGUCGGCAAGUCAGCCAACAAAUGAUGCCAAGAACCACUUUGCUCUCAACUCCAUUUGCUUCCCUGACUCCAUGUUACUUGCAGAUGACAGAAAUAUUUUGUCAAAUGUUGAUGACAUCCUGGCUGCCACUGUAGCAGCCUGUGGCGUCACGCCACAAGACUUUGUCAAAGCUACAUCCUCUGCUGAGGCUGAAAUGGCAGUGAUGGCGAGCCCAGUUGAUUCUAAAGGUCACUUCCAGACUGUGGAUAUAAGGCACAUGUCACCCAGUUUCUCUUCAGCACAACAUCAAAUUAUCACCAACACUAACUCCCAUACCAUGACUAUGACUCUAAAUGGAGCUCAUAUGGCUACAGAUUGUCAGGGUCAGUCUGUUCACCAUAACAGCACCUCUGAGCUAGACACAAAUGGAGAUGGAGGGAGCUCUGAGAAUGACUAUCACUUAGCCGGGCAGGUGUAUGACCCCUCAGGUGUCCAGAACAGAGUUAAAGGGAAUGCAAAGUGUAUUAAAACAGAGGAUGGCCUCAUGGAAGGCCUAGGUGGUGAAGACUUUCCCAAGAAGAAGGCUCGCUCUAAGUCGCUGACCAAACCAGGUGGUCCUGAGGAGGAUAGUGGACAGGCUAGACCAGCCAAGCGCACUGUGCAAACAAAGCGGCAAAACUCCAGGGGUAGUGAUGUCAGCUCACCAUCUUCCUUGCAAAGUGUGUAUGAUGGUUGUCCGCAGCAGGAGAGAAUCAGGCAGAAGAUCCGUGAGGUGGAAGAGAAACAGCCAGAGGUCAAAACUGGCUUCAUCGGGUCCUUCCUUGACUUCAUCAAAUCUGGACCCAAACAGCAAUACUCUCCAAGUCCUACACGAACUAUUAGUCGCCCAAGAAAGCCCUGCACGGUGUCCAAACCACUGCCUUGUGCUUUACCAGCAUUGCCACCCAAACUGCAGACUUUGCCCGGGCCCUUGAUUCCCCAGGAGAGCCCAGUGGUGAGCACCCAGCAGAAACGUCUGGAUGAAGAUCUGCAAAAGAACCUCGAGACUCUGCCGUCAUUCAGCUCGGAUGAAGAGGAGAACACUGGGAAGAACCAGGCCCUGAGGAACAGCAUCAGCUCAGCGCUUUCAGCUCUGGAUGAAUCUUCAGAUCGGAAAAGCAGGACAGACAACCAAAUGCCUGUUUCCAUGAUGAAGCCAGACCAAGUUCCCACCAUGCCACGCAUUGUCACAGAGGCCUGUUUGGCCCAGGACGUCAGUCCUAUGUUGACAAAAAACGCUGCCAUUGGAGGAACUGUGUUUGCAGCCAAAGAGGGGACCAAAGCAACUCCACCGGGCGAGUUGGCUGUGCGGUUGGUCAGCGUGGCCAUCGAGGGACUGACUGAUGAGGAGCUGUCAGACAGCGGAGGAGAGGGAAUGUACCGUGAGAGAGACGAGUUUGUCGUCAGGAAUGAGGAUAUCGAAACCUUGAAGGUGACGAUGAGAACAGGCAGUGAACCUCCAGCCAUCUGGAAGGUCCAGAAGGCUCUUCUACAGAAAUUUGUGCCUGAGUUGAGAGAUGGAAAGAGAGUCUUCUCAGCUACAAACAGUUAUCUUGGAUAUUUUGGUGAUGCCAAGGCCAUGUACCAGAGGGUAUAUGUGAAGUUCUUGGACACAGUUAACAAAAGGGAGUAUGUACGAGUUUGUAGUCGAAAGCCACGCUGCAAACCUAUGAAUUCACUAAGGGGUGUUCAGGUGAAGACUUUGCUGGGCUUGACAGCCACCCCUCCUUCAGUCUCCCAAAGCCAAAAGCCUCGACCCAAACAACCUAAGCCCAGGGCAGAGCCACCGCCGAAGAAAAGGAGGAAAUGGAAGGAGGAGUUUUCACCCACCGCCUCGGGAUCAUCAGCAGAAGAUGAUGAGUUAAACCCUCCAGUGCCGUUUGCUUCACGCCUCCUCAACACACGAACCAUGAAGGAGACGUUCAAGAGCUUUGUGGAGCUGCUCAUCAGCAUUGCCUUAGAUGAAGAUGUAAUGAUAGCUCUUGAGAGAGCAAACGAUGAGUUGCUGUUGCCACAUAUGAAAAGAGUCGAUGGGAUGAUCACUGACAACAGGAAACGCCUGCUUCACAAACUGCACAUAGGACAGGUCCUGAAGACGGCUCUCGACAAUUUCCCAGAGAUCUCAGUGGUGACCGAACUGAAGAAGGAUGGGGAAACCCCGGCCUUUAAGGUGCGUCUCAGUGGGAAGGCCUACAACAAGAAGACGAUGAAGCCCUACAAGAUGCCUAAUAAAGUGCCACAGGAGUAUACAGUGGAUCAGCAGAGAACACAGUGGUUCUCUUUGUACCACUCUUUGCAGCACUACAAGUACCACACGUACCUCAUGUGUAAGGAUGAGAUCGCAUCUCUGCGGGUGCAGGCAGGGGACCUGGGGCAGGAGGAGACGGUACAGAAGUGUCUGCAGAAUGGAGCUUGGGUGGAGGGGCUCUUUGAUCGCUUUGGAGAGCUAAUCAAUCAAGUGCAGCAGGCCUGCCGAUGAUCCAGCCUUGACUUUGGUUUAAAACAAAGUCCAACACUUACAAACAAGAGGAUGCCUCCAGCUCAAAAUGGCAGCAGAGAAGGAUGGAGUGAGUCUCUCCUUCCAGCCACAGAGAGAUUUGAAUCAGGGAUCUGUGAACCGACUUGCCUGAAAGACAUUUCGGGGGCCUUGAAGUGGCAGCAGGUGAACAGCAGGACAGCAGCAAUGGAUAUGGUCUUCUUUGCUGCAUCCCAGCAGAAAGCAGAAACUUGAUCAACAGAGGGCAAGGACAUUGUUUUUGGAAGCGUUUUGGAAUACUUCCACUUGAUGCUACUCCUAGUCUUUUUAGGUUUUUGUAGUUACAAGCUCACUUUUAUGGGCCUUUUCAUAGAUUCAUAUAAUUUUUUAAAUCUUUUUUUUUUUUUUUUUUUUUUUUAGUUAAAUGCCAGAUCAUAACCAGUGAGUAUGCACUAGAUAGAAAGCAGUCGGCAUAGUAAGUAGAGCACAGCAAAUAAAAAUGCAGAAAUCUGAUUUCCUACCUUUACAAAAAGCCUUCGUCAAUCAUUUGAUAACUAGGCUCACAUACAGAGAAGCUGAUUUAUUGUAAAAAAUAAAAAUAUCUCUAUAUAUUAUAUAUAACCGUAGUUAUAUACUGUUUGUAAAACAUCCAUUUUGUAAUGGAGCGUCAACUUAUAUAUAAUGUACAUUUUGUAUAAAAGAAAAGCGAGGUGGGAACUGCAGCAAAUCUCUUAAGGAAGAAUUUAGUACCUAUAUACUGUAUCUAUAUUGUGCUUUAACUUUUGUGCUUCAGACACCCCUUUGCUUCUACGAUGCAAGUCAGUGCCGAUCCAGUACUGCUUUUUAUGAAUUUUUGUUAAUCAAAUAUUACUACCUUGACUUAUCAGAGGGUGAGAUGAAACAAACAAAAGUUGUCUUUAUACUCCUUUACACACAUAGCCCACAUUUUCUGACAAAUAGAUAUAUAUUUUUCACAGAAGUAAAUAUUGUUAUGUUCUCUUGUUCAAUACAAUUUCUGAGACUUUUUUCAUUGUUUUUUCACAGUUUUCCAAAACGGACUCUUUAUAUGUCAGUUACCAGUUUUAUGCUUUCAAAAAAUAAUCUUGUCCUUUUCAGAUGCAGUUUGUAAAUAAAGUGCAGCAUGUAGUAGG